AUUUCUCCAGAAAACUCUCACAGAGGAGUGACUCAGAGCUGUCAUUAGUAACCUCAGGUACUAAACAAAUAAUGACGAUAACUCAUAGUAAAAAAAAGGCCGCCAACGCUUGAGCGUAUCAGAAACUAGAUCGCUGGAGUUCGUCGCUAGCAGUUUCGACCGAGACACCGAAUGAAAUGUCCAAAACAGCGGAAUAUCUUCCUGUACACCUGAACAUUUCACAAGCCGCACCUGUGAACAAAACGGAACAGUAUGAUCACAAGCGCAGUUCAUCGGAUAGCUGUAUUCAACAAAAAAAUCCUCAAAUUAUCAUUGACAUUAAUCAAGAUACGAAAGACAGGGAUUGUUUCAAACUAGUCAUAUUCAGUUUGGGAAUAAUUGUAUUUUUCUGCCUGUUUAUUUUUCUCGGAAGAGACUAUAUAAAAUACCUCCUUUUGUUCAUAGAGAAGACUGAUAUAUCAAUAAGUUUUGCAAUAUUCUCUGUACUCUUUACCAUAGUAUCAUUCCCAGUAGCAUGGGGGUAUGUUCUCUUGAAUGUAGCAGCUGGAUACCUGUUCGGGCUUACUGUGGGGGCCAUUUUUGUGGCAUUAUGUGCACCUGUGGGCAUCUUAAUAGCACAUUUAUCAAUUAGAAGAUUUUGCAACGACGUUGUUAUGUCUAAAUUAUUGACGAACAAUCUACAAUCUCUUGUUAAAAUAGUAGAAAGUGGGCAGGGAACGAAAGUCAUUUUUCUCGCCAGAUUGACUCCCAUACCUUUCGGAUUGCAAAAUGCUGUUUUCGCAAUAUCUAAUAUCGGAACUGUUCGAUAUUUGAUAGCAUCGAUACUAGGUCUUUUGCCUACUCAAGUAUUAAAUGCCUAUAUUGGUUCAACUCUUCGUUCAAUGGAGGAAGUUGUAUCAGAUAAAUCUCAGAAUAUUACUGGUUACUUAGUAUUUAUUAUUCAAUUGUUGGUUACCCUUCUGUUACUAGCUUAUAUCAUAAGAAAAGCCAAGCAAGAAUUCAAUAAAGCACUUGAUGUAGACGUUGAAUCGCCUUCUCCGGCGUCUCUCUCGGAACCAGUUUCACCUGCAAACGUGCUUUCGAAACCAUUUUUUAAUAAGGCUCUUUAG